AUGUCCGCCACCAUCGAAGAGGUCUCCUCCGAUCACUCGGAACACGAGCACGACCAUGAUCAUGACCACGACCACGACGAGGAUCCAACCUCCCAGGCGGCGCUUGACAAAAUCCAGUCGCGCUCUGAGCGCAAGGCGAGGAAGGCGUUGCUCGGACUCGGCCUCAAGAAGGUGCCGGGCAUCACCCGCGUCACACUCAGACGGCCAAAGAACGUGUUGUUCGUGAUUGCGACCCCUGAUGUGUACAAGUCGCCCAACAGCGACUGCUACAUCGUGUUUGGUGAGGCGAAGAUCGAGGAUAUGAACUCGCAAGCACAACUCUCUGCACAGCAGCUCGCCAGCGGUGCUGCCGCCGGUAAUAUCCCCAACCUUGAGAGCGCCGGUGUAGGUAACGAGAACGAGGAUGAUGACGAGAUCCCCGAACUCGAGGCUGUUGAGGAGGAUGGGCCAAUAGACGAGACUGGCGUGGAGCCCAAGGACAUCGAGCUGGUCAUGCAGCAAGUCGGCUGCUCGCGCGCAAAGGCGGUGCGCGUGUUGAAGGAGAGCGGGGGCGAUCUGAUCAAUGCUAUCAUGGCCGCGAGCGAGUGA